AUGGCGACCCCUUCCCUCGAAGAAGGGCCUGUAUAUGAGUGUCCGCCCCAAUUGCAGCUGGAACUGGUUCACGUAUUCUUCCGUCACGGCGAGCGGACACCGAACGAUGCACGUUUCGAGAACACUGGCGGCAAAACAGAGUGGCCUUUUAACCAAUCCGCAACAGCUCCGAAGACGCUUUUCCAGGGCACUGGACCAAAGUUGGUUCCAAUCAAUGAUGAGGUCGACAAGCCGUUAUUGCCAGAUGGUAGACGGCCUAUUUCCUGUGCACAUGGCGACUUGACGGACAGAGGACGUGCUACCGCCGAGAGGCUUGGGCGUCAACUUCGCAACCUAUACGUCGAGCAAAUAAACUUCAUGCCUGAAGUCCUUGACGAUUUCUAUAAGAUCUAUUUGCGAAGCACGCAGUACCAGCGAACCUUUGUCACCCUGCAAAAUGUAUUCCGUGGCCUUUACCCGCCAAAAUUCAUCAACGGACGCCAGGAAGACAUAUUGGUUUCCGUAGCAGAUCCUCGAGAUGAAACACUGCUUCCCCCUGAGGAUCAUGACGAACGGUUUGCCGCAUUACUCCAAGAGUUUACCAAUAGAGCCGCAGCGAAAUGGAAUUACUCUCCUGAGAUGCGUUUGAUCAACACAAAGAUAGGACAAUGGAUGCCCGAGGGCAAACCUGUCGCUGUAGACUCGAAGCCUCUGAAGCUACACGGUGUCCUCGACACGAUCUCCGCAGUGACAGCGACACCCAGGCCUGAAGACUACCUACCUGCGGAGUUUCUUGACCCCGGCAUGCGAGUCACCAUGGAGACGAUUUGUGCAGAAGAGGAAUUCGCAGGGUACGUCUACAGCAAAGAAUUCCGCAGCCUCGGCGUUGGACGGAUACUCCAGGAGACCAUCCAUCGAAUGUCAUCCUUGGCGAAUCAGAUCGAUCAAAUAUCAGGUAGCGAGCAAAAGCCGCGCUUAUUAAUCUUUGCGUGCCACGAUUCAACGAUUGCGGGCAUUCUUGGUUCUUUGGGCGCGAUGAAUGACCCAAACUGGUUCUGGCCACCAUAUACUGCCCACGUCACGAUGGAGCUUUUCCGUCAUGUCGGAGAGGAGGCUUGUCAUGGCGACACGAGAACUACUACCGGCCUUUCCUGGUAUGUCCGCCUGAGGUACCAAAACAAUCCCGUGAUGUUGCCUUGUGGCACUAAAGAGGGAAACCAUCUGCCUGGACAUCAAGAAAUGUGCACCCUUGCGUCUUUGAGAGAUGCCAUCGAAGAAUUUGCACCCAUUAAGUCUGCGUUUUUCAACAAAACGGAGUUUCUCAGAAAGCAAUCGCGAAUUUAG